AUGAAGCUUACUGCCGCUACUGCCAUCUUUUCCCUCUUCGCUGCCGUCAGCGCUGGCAAACCCUCCACCGCCGAUUGGACCGUCAAGGAGGCCAGCUCCAAGUGUGGCGACCAGGCUCAGCUGUCUUGCUGUAAUGAGGUCGACUAUGUCGGUGACACCACGACCAUCCAGAAGGGUGUUGCCUCUGGUAUCCUGAGCGGUCUUCUUGGCCAGGGCUCUGGCGCCGAGGGCAUUGGUGCCUUCAAGGGCUGCUCCAAGCUCGACGUUGCCGCCGUUAUCGGUGUCCAGGACCUCCUCAACAAGCAGUGCCAGCAGAACAUCGCUUGCUGCGACAACAGCGGUGCCGAGGCCAACGGCGACCUUGUUGGCGCUGCCCUUCCCUGCAUUGCUCUUGGCGCCGUUGCCUAG